GGCGAUACAAUGUUAAGUGCCAGUCAGAUAACAAACACAUAGAAUACGUCAUUUGUAAUCUAACCAGUGUCGGAUAAUGCGGUACAAAGAAAAUGAUCGCCAACGCUUUUGUUUCUUCUUGGCAGUGGUUUUAUCGACAGUCGAACGUUCAAGUGGUUUCAUUUACGACCAAAGUGCUUCUGUACCAACGCAAACUGGAAAUCAACUACAGUUAACAACGACAGUAUCCACAGCAAAAAUGUGUGAAGACAAGAACGGCAUAGAUUGCAUGAUACUUAAUUCGUCGGUCAACAUAUGCGCUGAUUUCCAAAAAGCUAAAACGAUUUGUAAGGAAUAUUGUGGUCUGUGUAACGUCAUUGACGGAAAAUGGUGCCCCUGGGAGACAUGGUCAGCUUGUGAUGCCACUUGUGGAAAUGGUUCUCAGGUUCGAAACAGACAGUGCACAUGUCCUGCUUCAGCUAAUGGAGGAUCUUAUUGUGCAGGUGAUACCAGCAUGACAAAGGAAUGCCAUUUGGAACAUUGCCCAGUUCAUGGCCACUGGGCAAGGUGGUCGCCUUGGGGUAGCUGCAGCGUCACGUGCGGAAUAGGACUCGAACGCCGUGACAGAAGUUGUUCUAAUCCAUACCCAGGACCAGAUGGAGAUCCAUGCUACGGUGAUGCAAGAGAUGACCGUAUAUGCUUCACCAGGGCGUGUGCCGAAGGUGCAUGGUCUACAUGGUCAAGCUGGAGCACGUGCUCUGCCUCAUGCCUAGGGGGACUAUCAACAAAGACCAGACUGUGCAAUAAUCCACCGCCAUCAGCAUUCGGACAUGCAUGUGUAGGAAAUAAUGAGGAGACCAAUGCUUGCAAUACUAUUCCAUGCCCAGUUGUGCACGGGCAUUGGACAUCAUGGUCCAGCUGGUCGACAUGCGACACGCACUGCGUAAAGAAAAGGACAAGAUCUUGCACAAAUCCAGCUCCAUCAACGUUCGGUCAUACCUGCAGUGGAAAUUCGGAAGAUAAAGACAACUGUGACCUGCUCGCGUGCUCAAUAAAGCUUCGUGUGAGGCUUAGAGGACUCAUCCCUCAAUUGGGACGUGUGGAGGUGUCUUUCGAUGGCGUUAACUGGGGCACUGUGUGUGAUGAUAAUUUCAAUAGCCAUGGUGCAAAAGUAGUGUGCAGAAUGUUGGGACUUUCUACAUCUUCAAGUACUUCUUAUACAGCCGGCGGAGGCAGCGGGCCAAUCUUCCUUGAUAAUGUCGAAUGUAACGGUUCAGAAAGUAGUUUACUUUACUGUAAACAUAACCGAUGGAAUAGCGAAAACUGUGAUCAUUCCGAAGAUGUUGGUGUUUAUUGUGUGUAAUGAAGUACGUAGGUCAGAUGCAAUUAAAUAACAUUACAUGAUAUGUAGAAUAAAGAUUUCUUUUAAACUGCG